AUGGAAAAUGAUGCAGACAACUUGGCAAAGCCAAUCUUACCUAUUAAGACCUACCGCGGAGCUCCCCCAAAUUAUUUUGAAGAGUUUCCCCUUUCUGCCAUAGAAGGCUGGACAGGAACCACCACAACUGUAAAAAUUAAGUGCCCCGAAGAAAGUGUUUCAAAUCUCCACGUGAAUAACGCUACCAUAGGGUACCUGAGCAGCUCCUUAAGUACCAAACUGAUACCUGCCAUCUACAUCCUGGUGUUUGUAGUAGGUGUGCCAGCCAAUGCGGUGACCCUGUGGAUGCUCUUCUUCAGGACUAGGUCCGUCUGUAUGACUAUCUUCUACACCAACCUGGCCGUUGCAGAUUUCCUCUUUUGUGUCACACUGCCCUUUAAGAUAGCUUACCAUCUCAAUGGGAACAACUGGGUAUUUGGAGCGGUCAUGUGCCAGGCCACCACAGUCAUCUUCUAUGGCAACAUGUACUGCUCCAUUCUGCUCCUUGCCUGUAUCAGCAUCAGCCGCUACCUAGCCAUUGUCCACCCUUUCACUUAUCGGGGACUGCCCAAGCGCACCUACGCCUUGCUAACGUGUGGACUGGUGUGGGCAACGGUUUUCUUAUACAUGCUGCCAUUUUUCAUCUUAAAGCAGGAGUAUUAUCUUGUCCAUCCAGAUAUCACCACCUGCCAUGAUGUCCACAAUACAUGUGAAUCCUCAGCUCCCUUCCAACUCUACUAUUUCAUCUCCUUGGCAUUCUUUGGAUUCUUAAUUCCAUUUGUGGUCAUUAUCUACUGCUACACAGCCAUCAUUCGGACACUUAAUGCAUAUGAUCAUAGAUGGUUGUGGUAUGUCAAGACGAGUCUCCUCAUUCUUAUGAUUUUUACCAUUUGCUUUGCUCCAAGUAAUGUUAUACUUAUUAUUCACCACACUAACUACUACUACAACAACAUCGAUGGCUUAUACUUGAUCUAUCUCAUAGCUUUGUGCCUUGGUAGCCUGAAUAGUUGCCUAGAUCCAUUCCUAUAUUUUCUCAUGUCAAAAAUCACAGAUCAUUCCACUGUUUACCUUACAAUGGUGAAAUUAUCUUAGAGAAUAAGG